AUGGCAGAACCAAGGCGCACCUUGUCUGAUUAUGAAACACCUCAGUUUACUGGUGAGGAAUUCAGUGUGCAUGCUCCCACCGUGCCUGCUAAUAACUUUGAAAUCAAAGCAAGCACAAUUGGGAUGGUCCAAAAUUUAAUACAAUUUGAUGGGUUGGCUGAUGAAGACCCUCAUGCUCAUUUGUCUCGCUUCCUCCAAAUUUGUUCCACCUUCAAGAUUAACUUAGUGUCCGACGAUGCGAUAAGAUUGAGGUUAUUCCCUUUCAGUCUAAGGGGAGAAGCAUAUAGAUGGCUCACUUCAUUGGCUCCGGGAUCGAUCACCACAUGGAAGGAAAUGCUGGACAAAUUUCUUGCUAGGUAUUUCCCACCAAGCAAAGCCGCUAGAUUGAGACAAGAGAUUUAUGCAUUCCGACAAGGGGACUCCGAGAUACUCUUUGAGGCACAUGAGAGAUUCAAGGAUCUCCUACGCAAGUGUCCCCAUCAUGGCUUUUCCUCGUGGAUGAGGAUCAAGAUGCUUUGCAAUGGCCUGAAUUAUGCAACCGGACAGCUCAUCGAUGCUGCAGCAGGGGGGUCAUUGAGUAGUAAAACCCCUGAGGAUGCUGAAAUCUUAAUUGAAAUCAUGGCAAGUAAUGAGUGUCAUUGGUCUACUAGGCAAAAACCCCCUAAGGCAGCUGGAAUUUAUGAGAUAAAUGACAACACUGAGCUAGCCGCCAAGGUUGAGGCCCUCACAAAGAGAUUCGAUCAGUUUGUGUUGGGUACGAGCUCAAAUUCUGGUGCAGUUUUGUCUUGCGAGACUUAUGGGGCCGGGCAUGCUACUGUUCAGUGCCCAAUUUCAAUAGCCUCAGAUGCCCCAGUUGAGACAGUUGAUUAUGUUGGGGGAGCUCCCAGAGGCCCGGGGAAUCCUUAUGGAAACACAUAUAAUCCGGGAUGGAAGAAUCACCCAAAUUUUUCUUGGGGUCAACAAUGA